UCUGCGACCGCCCCUGCUCCCCCUUCGUUUUCAGGGCGACUCUCGUCAAGUGGUGACCGUGUCUGGCUGCGUGUCGCCCCACGUCCUGCCUGUUACGGACGCCGGUGAACUGCUCUGCCACCCGGGGCUGGCCUUUAACCUGAGCUCUGCCAGCGAGCGGCAACUCUCCGCGGUUCGGCUGGUGCCGUUUCCCGAGCCAGCCCGCUGGUUCGUCUCGCUGCGCACCAGCUGCUACAAUGCCAGCUCUGGCAGCCAGCUACCCUGCGUCCGCUCCCAGUACGCAGUGAACCUGGACGUCCACCUCCAGCCGUGUGUGUGGCCCGGCGCGCCGUGUGGAGAGCACGGUAUAUGUCGGGAGAACCACCGUGGUCGGCUCUACUUUACCGCUUGCAGCUGCCUGGACGGUUACCGCGGCUGGGACUGCAGCGACGGCUCGGCAGCAGUACCCUCCGGCCGCCGCCUCCUCUCCGUAUCCCUGCUCACCCUCAGUAACCUGGCACUGCUGCCCGCCGUUGUGCUGUCCCUGCGCCGCCGCCUGGCCACCCUGGCUUUAGUUUACGCUGCGGCUAUGGUGGCCUCGAUGCUGUACCAUCUGUGUGACCAGCUGGGUCGCCAGCUGACGGGCACGGGAUACUGCCUGCUGCGGUUUGAGGUGUUACAAUUCUGCGACUUUUUCGGCUGCGUACUGAGCUGCUGGGUGACCCCUGGUGAGCCUGGCCGAAUGGCGUGUUAG